CGCACACACACACGUAUGUGCAUGAUUACGAUCUGAGGGCAGCAUUAGGGCUGCAUUCACAGAGGAAAAGGUGGACAGACGCCCCAGCCACCAUGAGGACGGCAGGCGUGGUGGUGCUGCUGGCUCUUGCCCUUUGCUGCUGCCCAGAUACCGUUGCACUGAAGGGCUACUGCAGUAACUACGUCGUACCCCGCAAUUUCUGCACGCUGGAGUACAUCCCACACUGCGGGUCUGAUGGUGUAACAUAUGCCAACAAAUGUUUAUUCUGCAAUGCAUUUCUGAGAAGCCGUCGGACUCUCAGGUUGCUGUACCUUCGAGAGUGCUAACACCUCACCAGGCUCCAGCUCAGACAGGAGACUCCUCCAUGGCAAUAUUCCCUAUGGCAGAGGCUGCCCUAAAACCUCAUCCUGAACUUUGAGAUCUCCUGAUAAAGUCUGAAAUGAAACUUUGCCCAAUAAAACAAAUAAACAAACAACAACA